AUGGAUGCCACUCUGAGAGGACAUACCCGCGUAACACCGUCCGCCUCCGAAUGCCAGCAUCAGCUCCAGGUCUCCUUAGGCCCAUGCACGUUCUCGGACCAAAGUCUGGAUGUCAGCCAAUGGGUUCAGCACAUUUGGGGAUUAAAAGAGGAUGAAGUCGCUAAGGUUCUACACCACACGCGGAACUGGAAGUUGAAUGAAUCGGCUUUGGAAAAAUAUGACGACAUCCUUCUUGGUGAUCAUACGGAACCCGAACUGUACGCUCAGUUCCAAAUCAUCUGCGAGGACAUCCUUCAGCGUCUUUCUGAAUCAACUACACUCAAGUUCAAACCCAAAGUUGGCUCAGAAAAUGAUCGCAUAAAACGACACAAACUCUGGGGUGUUACACUGUUCCCUGUGGAGAUGGCGAAAACCAAACCGCCUUCGGAAGGAAAAAAGGCGGUAUCCUGCGAGAGGUCAACAUGUAACCACUACACGAUGAAAGACGCCCAACUCGGUACAUAUGUGCUCGAAUGCUUUCUAGCUAACUAUCGUAUGUUUGUGACCGCUCUUUCGGUGAACAACUACGACAUCACCUUGUGGUACUACGAUUCCAUGGGUGCAUUACGCUCCAUUCCUUUUAACUUUCUAGAGGAUCCGUCAUGCCUUAUUCUCGUAAUGCACUCCAUAAAUAGAUGCAAUUCGGUGCAGAUGGGUUUCAACCCAUUUACGGCAGGGCCGGCACCACGAAGUGGACGUGCUUGGGUAUGGGAGGGACAGCGGCUCGGAUUUACGGAUAACAACGGUGUACCGUGCAACUUCAUUGUAACCGGUAAUCCCUUGUUCGUUGCUCGACAAAUGCAGGGGAGACGCACAUAUACCCUUCCCGUUCGUCCUUCAUGCCAUGGAGUGCGCCGAAGAGAGAUGGUGCUGAAAUUCCAAUGGCCGGACCCUGACCAAAGCCUCGAAAUCGAUUUGAUCAAUGAAAUCCUUCGUGCCGCUCCAGAGCUGCGGAAUCAUCUGCCCCGCCUUUCCUUUCAUCGAGUCUACGACUCUGAAAGAGAUCUUCACCUUCCUCGCUUCAAGAUGGGUAUCCAGUUGGACAAGAAGAUAGUAGAGAUGCGCAAUCUGACGGUCACCGUCGCUGAACGCUGCUUUGAGCUGUGGAUGGUUGAUUCUCUUGAAGAAUUUAAAACAGCAUUCCUGGAUAUCUUCGAGUGCCAUCAUAGAGUGUUUGUCCAAGGCAGGGUACUUCACGGUGACAUCAGUUCAAAAAAUGUCAUGUUUUAUCGCCACAAAGACUUUGGCGUUGUAGGCACCCUCCACAGCUUUGAUGAGUCUUCCCGCGUAGAUGACGUGGGCGAAGAGAUCUUAUCUGGGGCCUCGCAUCGCCCUUGGAAGGAUCUAUUUAUGGCCGUGGACUUGUUGGACGCUUCCGUUAAAACACCUUGUCGCUACCGUCAUGACCUCGAAUCAUUUUUCUACGUUCUCUUGUGGGCUGGGGUAUAUUUCGACAUUCAAACUCACAAAGAAAAACCAACCGAUGGAUUGUUUGCAGAUUGGGACAUUAGAUCCGAAGCAGAUUUAACCCAUGCGCAUGACUACAAGGCACAGUUAUGGCGUAAUGAUGAAUGA